CCUCCUCGCUUCGUUCUGCGGUUUUGGUCUGGGGGCACACCUCUUGCAUUUCCUGUCAUGGGGGCAUUCAAAGGACUCUAAAACUCCUCCGAAGGAGGUUAUUCUGGCCCACCAUGGAGCGCGAUGUCAGGGAGUUCGUCGCCGCCUGCGAAGUCUGUGCACGCUCCAAGUCCACGCACUCGCCUCCUGCCGGUCUGCUCCAUCCUCUGCCUGUCCCUCAACGUCCUUGGUCCCAUCUCGCCAUGGACUUUGUCACUGGUCUGCCCCCCUCACAAGGGGCCACGGUCAGUUUAACUUCUGGACAUCACCCCCAGUCUAACGGACAGGCGGAGCGCGCCAACCAGGAACUCGAGGCUGCGCUGCGCUGUCUGGCCGCUCAAAAUCCGGCCAAUUGGUCCUCGUUUCUGGUCUGGAUAGAGUAUGCCCACAACAAUCAUCCCUCAUCAGCCACUGGUAUGUCCCCUUUUGAGGUUCCCUUGGGCUACUCUCCCCCUCUUUUCCCCUCUCAGGAGUUAGACCUGGCCGUGCCCUCCAUUCAGCACCACCUCCAGAAGGUUCAGCGCGUCUGGCAGCAGGCCAGGGCCGCUCUCCUGCGCACUAGGGAGAGCAACUGCCGGAUUGCAAACCGCCGCAGAGUGAAGGGUCCGACCUACCAGCCGGGACAGAAAGUUUGGCUUUCCUCCCGUGAUAUCCCUCUUCAAGCCACCUCCCGCAAACUGGCCCCCCGGUUCAUCGGUCCCUACACGGUCGAGAAGAUUAUUAACCCCACCUGCGUGCGCCUUAAGCUUCCGGCAGCUCUUAAGGUACACCCCGCCUUCCAUGUCUCUCAACUCAAGCCUUUUCAGGAAAGCCCGUUGUGCCCACCGUCCGCUUCCCCACCGCCCGCCCGGGUCAUCGACGGUGCUCCUGCUUUUACGGCCAGUAGGGUGCUGGAUGUUCGCCGCCGGGGCCGUGGGUAUCAGUUCUUGGUGGACUGGGAGGGUUACGGUCCGGAGGAGCGCUCAUGGAUCUCCCGCUCCCUUAUUCUGGACCGUACCCUCAUCGAUGGCUUUUAUCGGGCUCAUCCGGAUCGCCGCCCUGGACCGCCUGGAGGCGGUCGUUGA